CAACUUCUAAUCCCCAGCGUACUUCUCAAGAUGAUACAAACUCACUUCUUUCCACCGUAUGGACAACCUUCCGUCGUAUUACAAAUAACAUAAUUGUAAGCAAUAAUUCAGAAUCUUCUCUUAAUGAUAAUACUCCUUAUUCCUCUACUCCGUCCUUUGGAUCUUCUGGCUGUACACAUAAGGGUGGUUUGGCUUCGAUUAUCACAGGAUCUGGAGAAAGUUAUUACCCUUAUGAUG